AUGGGUCCUGAGCAGGACCCCGGACCUGGACCUGCGCUGCUGCAGUUGCUGCACCUCCUGUGGCUGCUGCCCCACUCCGGGGCCGCCCCUCCAGCAGCUGCAGGGUGGCGGGCCGGCCUGCAGAGCCACACGUUCCAGCACACGGUGUACUGCCAGGACUGGAGCCCGGGCGUGGGGCUCUCCGAGACCUACGACGAGGACCAGCUCUUCUCCUUCGACUUCUCCCAGAACAUUCGCGUGCCUCGCCUGCCCGAAUUUGCUGACUGGGCGCAGCAGACUAGAGAUAACCCCGCCAUUUCCUUUGACGAAGGGUUAUGCCAAUCCUUGGUCCAGGAAGUAGGCCCACACCUUGAAGGGCAGAUCCCGGUGUCUAGAGGGUUUCCUGUGGUUGAGGUGUUCACGCUGCAGCCCCUGGAGUUCGGCAAGCCCAACACGCUGGUCUGCUUUGUCAGCAACCUCUUCCCCCCCUCACUGACGGUGGCCUGGCAGCAUCACCUGGCCCCCGUGGAGGGCGCCGGGCCCACCUUCGUCUCAGCCCUGGAUGGGCUCACCUUCCAGGCCUUCUCCUAUCUAAACGUCACCCCGGCGCCAUCCGACAUCUUCUCCUGCAUCGUCACCCACGAGAUUGACGGCUACACAGCGAUUGCCUACUGGGUGCCCCACAACGCGCUGCCCUCACACCUGCUGGAGAAUGUGCUGUGCGGCGUGGCCUUCGGCCUGGGCCUGCUGGGCAUCCUCGUUGGCUUGGUCCUCAUCAUCCGCUUCCGGAAGCCGUGCUCCGGCGACUGA